AUGGCUGACAGUGCUGAUGGCUCUGCUGAGGCGCCCAGCCCGCGGGGCUCCCCGGCUCAGGUGCCGCGCGCCCCGCGGGCAGCCGGGACAGGCGGCGGCGGCGGAGUCGGCGUGGAGACUCCACGGACCGCGGCUCUGGCUCUGCGCUUUGACAAGCCCAUCAAGCAGGCCUUCUACAACACCGGGGCCGUGCUGUUCGUGUGCCUGUGCUGCGGGGCCGCGGUGCUGGUCUACUUCAUCCUGGAGGCCUUUCUGCGGCCGCUGCUCUGGGCGGUGCUGUGCGGCACCUUCCUGCACCCCUUCAAGAGCUCGCUGACCCGCGUGGGUCGCCACUGGCUGCACCGCCUGCACCGGGCGCACACGCCCAUCGUGCUGGCCGCGCUGCUGCUGCCGCUCUGCUUCGCCGACUACGGCGUCGAGGCCCUGGGCGAACAGGCGCUGCGCCGCCGCCGCCUGCUCCUGGUGCUCGGCGCGGGCGGCCCGCUGCUCUACGGCCUCUACUGCCUGGGCAGCUACCUGGGCGUGCAGGUGCUGCUGGCGCACGCCGGCCUGCUCAUCUGCCGCGGACUGGACUACUUCAGCAGCCUGUGGAUCUGGACGUUGGUAGUUGGCUAUGUGUUGACUGUUACAUUCAAGUGGAAUGCAAGUACUGAACGCUACUUGAGAGCAGUUUCAAUUCCGGUCUGGAUUAUAUUGCUUUUUCACUUAGCAUCCCUGGCUGGCUCAUGGAGAAUCCCAGUAUUCCUGGUUAUUGUUUUCCUGAUGUCAGUGGGCACCCUCUAUGAAAAACAAAAUGGAAAAGAGUCGGCUGGAGCAGAAUUACCAGGACAAGUUAUUUCCAGGGCAGCUUCCACUCUUGCUACGCUGGCCAUCUCCAUCACAGGAUAUGAAUCAGGCAGUGAAGACCAGCCCUCAACUCAGCCUCCAGAAACCACGGAUAGGAAGGAACCCCCUCCGCCGUUGUCUUCAUCUUCUUCAGCUUCCACCCCUUCACCCACUCUGGGCAGACCAAGACCUGAAAUGACAACUUUUCUUAGAAAGAAGAAAACUAGUGAUAUCUACUUUGUGUUUCUGGUUUGGGCCUUCAUUGCUGUCCAGAUCUGGCUGAACCUGUGGAUUAUACAGUUAUUGCCGGUGCCUGUUGCAGUCUGGGUACUCAAAAAGCUUAUUAUUCACUUUGGGGUUGUGAACUUCCUGGAGAAACGCUGCUACGUGUGGUGGCAGGUUGUGGAGCACUUCCUGAAGGAGCGGCAGGAAGCUCUAGCGCCUUGGCCAAUUAUUGGACUUGGAAAAUUCUUGUUAAAAGUUGAUAGCAAGCUCUGGCACUGGCUAAAUAAGAAGAUGAUCAUCUGGUUGGAGAAGAUGCUAGACAAAAUAAUUAGCAUUUUCAUCAUAUUUUUGUUAGUUAUAGGAACCCUUCUUUUAGCCCUGCUCCUGACUGCAAAGGUACAUCAAGAGAGUGUACACAUGAUUGAAGUUACAAGUAAUUUGAUUAAUGAAACCCUAGCAAACCACCCAGAGUGGGCAAAUUGGCUUCCUGAGGCUCAGGUAGUUCAAAGAGCUCUCAAUUCUGCAGCUAACAAUGUGUAUCAGUAUGGACGAGAAUGGAUAACCCAUAAGCUUCAUAAAAUUUUGGGAGAUAAAGUGAAUAAUACAGCUGUAAUCGAAAAACAAGUGCUAGAACUUUGGGACAGAUUGUACCACUCUUGGUUUGUAAAGAAUGUAACACAUUCUGGAAGGCACAAGGGACACAAGAUGCAUGUAAGCCGUCAGAACAGCUGGCUGGGAGACAUUCUAGACUGGCAAGAUAUCGCUUCCUUUGUCCAUGAGAAUAUCGAGACAUUUCUUUCCAUCCUAGAGUCUCUGUGGAUUGUGAUGAGCCGAAACUUGAGCCUCCUUUUCACCACUGUCACUAUGCUCCUGACCAUUCUCUUCUACAGCGGGACGGCUCUUCUCAACUUUGUGCUGUCUCUGAUCAUUUUCCUGACCACCCUAUUUUAUCUAUUAAGUUCCAGUGAUGAGUAUUAUAAGCCAGUGAAGUGGGUGAUAAGCCUGACACCAUUAUCUCAGCCAGGUCCUUCUUCUAAUAUUAUUGGCCAGUCUGUGGAAGAAGCUAUCAGAGGGGUGUUUGAUGCUUCCCUCAAGAUGGCUGGCUUCUAUGGACUGUACACAUGGCUGACUCACACUAUAUUUGGCAUCAACAUUGUCUUCAUACCAUCAGCUUUGGCAGCAAUCCUUGGCGCAGUACCGUUUCUGGGGACAUACUGGGCAGCAGUACCUGCAGUUCUCGACCUGUGGCUCACACAAGGCUUAGGAUGCAAGGCCAUCUUACUGCUGGUUUUUCAUCUCUUACCAACAUACUUUGUAGAUACUGCCAUCUAUUCUGACAUAUCAGGAGGUGGCCACCCGUACUUGACAGGUCUGGCAGUGGCUGGCGGAGCAUACUACUUAGGCCUGGAGGGAGCCAUUAUUGGGCCCAUACUUCUUUGCAUACUUGUGGUUGCUUCCAAUAUCUAUAGUGCUAUGCUGGUGAGUCCUACAAAUUCAGUGCCCACACCAAACCAGACCCCAUGGCCUGCUCAGACUCAACGGACUUUCCGUGACAUUUCUGAAGACCUAAAAUCUUCGGUAGACUGA